GGUGAACUGGGUGAUCUUUUUAGCGACAUUGGUGAAGUUGUAGAUUCAUUUGUGAAUCCGCCAACAAAUGGUCAUACUUAUACUUAUGGGUAAUGAUUGCCCAAUUUUAUAAUUGGAUUCUUCACUUACCGUGCUGCGCGCACAACAGUGGCGUGCUGGCGGCUCCUCUUGUUCAAGGGAGGCCAGCUGAAACUUUGAUGCCCAUUGUUAUACAUUUUCGAAACAUUUAAGACAAUUUAAUACGCGCCCCUCUUUCCUUCACUCAUUUAGCCCACUUUUAAGUAUAGAAUGGAUGAUUCCAGCUAUCGACUAUUUUUUUAUCUGACAAGAAAGACGGAAUCUAUCAUUAUGGCUCGAAAUUGCAUCCUGAAAUUAGUAAAAUUGCAAAGUUUGGUUGCGAAAUGUUGUAAAAUACCAAAAAUAUAGCCCUGUGAGAUUAGCAAAUUUUGAGUAUUUUAGUAUUAUAUACGCGCGGGAAAAUGCGUCACUUUCGGCUCAAAAGUGGUCCAUUUUUCCGCGCGUAAUACUAUAAUACUCAAAAUUUGCUAAUUUCAGAGGGUACAACAUUUUGCAACUAAAUUUGGCAGUUUUACGAAUUUAAGGAUGUUCGUUUAAGCUAUAAUGAUAGAUUUCUUCCGUCUUAUCUGGAUCAAAAUUUAGUCUAUAGCUGCAAUCAUCCAUUGACUAUUUUGGUUUCAUUGCAUGCAGUUUCAGCGCACCCGAAAAGCUUUUGCGCUCCCUAAAAUCACUCUUAGGCCAUGCUCCCCCCCCCCCCCCCCCCCUGAGCCAGCCAGCACGUCACUGACGCACAAACAUUGAACGAACAGCGUUUUGUAUAAUACUCGUUCGCGCGUGUAUAAUUAUAUGCCGUUAGAAUAGGUAACUUAAGUACGCGCUAUCAGUAAUCGAAAUUUACACCAGUUUGCACUCUACAACCGGAAUAGUAGAUUCCGAAAUUUGCUAUUCCAUUUGAAGGUUCACUAAAGCCCUGGGGCCGGUUGUAUAAAAACGUAAUUAGCGCUAAAUCCUUAACUGUAAUUAGUUAACUACAUGACUUAACUGCGUUGCACAAAACGUAGUUAGUCGGAUAGUUAACUAAUCACGUAGUUAACUGUGCGUGGGGCGUUUAAACACAAAAUUACAUAAAGUAAGCAGCGAGUAACGACCGCUGACACACAUUUUCCGACAUGAUUUUGGACUCGUAUUUUGCAAAUAGGCGGGAAUUUUAUUCAAAACACUAGAAAACAGUGAAAAAUAUACAAGAAAACAAGGAAAAACCGCAAAAAAAAUCAUAAAAGAAUGCAGUUUUUCCUUGAGAUGCCGACGUUAAACCAAGGUAUAGCUGUUGGGCAAUUAUAUAUCAGUGUUUCUUGGUGUAAUGGACCAUACUUCGUCUUCGAGAGAUUGUCCUGUGCAAAAAUAUGUUCUGCAUGUUUUCGUAAAAACACCAAAGCGUUUGAAGAGUUUAUAUUGUCAGGAAACAUUCACAGGGAAGAUAUCGAUAGCGAUUGAAAAUCUCAGGUAACCGUUGCUUUUCAUUGUUGUUUUACUGAAAAAUGUUGUUCACUCCUUACAAACGCCAUUUUUAACUACGUUUUGGACAGUUAACUAUACCCUAAAGCAUAUAGUUAACUUUAACUACUUUUUAACUGCAGUUAAGGCUAACUACACUUUUAUACAACUGGCUUAACUACGUGAUUAAAGUUAACUAUUUUUUAAGGCUUUUUAAUUACUUUUUAACUGCAGUUAGCGCUAACUACGUUUUUAUACAACCGGCCCAUGGCCAAACGAGAGUGAGAGUUGGUGAGAGUUGAGAAGCUAGAGUUUACAUCGGAGUUUUCUCUUAACAUUUAUGCCCCAGCCAAACGAGUACAAGAGUAAUUAGAGUUGGUGAGAGUUUUGUUUAUAAUCAUAAUCAGUUGACUGGAUAUUACCGCGUAAACUCUCAUAAACCCUCAUCAAAAUUUGAACCGUGAAAGUUGACGAGAAUGUGCAUGAGAAUCGACGAGAGUUAGCGCGAGCGAGAUCUCGUUGAAACUCUCAUCAACUCUCAGGAACAUUGCAUUAGACGAGACUCUUGGUUUAUAAAUAAAACCUUGAUAAGAACAGAAGCGUUUGUUUUGUUUUGUGUUUUGUUUUUGUGUUUUGUGUUUUGUGUUUUGUGUUUUGUUUUGUUUUGUUUUGUUUUGUUUUGUUUUGUUUUGUUUGUCUUUCAUGUUUCUUGAGAUAAAGUUAAACCCCAGUCAAACGAGAAUGACAGCUGAUGAGAGUUGCAACUCUCGCUCGCGGUUCAAAUUUGAACAGGUUCAAAUUUUGAUUCACUGGCACAUGCCAAAUCCCGUGUGCUUCGCUGACGUUUCCGAACUUUUGCGUAUGUUGUGACGUAUUCCGAACUUUUGCGCAUCCGGACUUUGGGGUUUCAUAGAGAGAUUACAUUAGAGACCUUACGAUUUUAGGACGGCGUCACGGCAACGCGACGACGAUGGCCAAAACAAACUCCUUCCAAUAAAUGGUAGUAAAAAUAAUUCGUCGUAUAUUGUCAAUCGUACGUAUUUAAUACAGUCUUAGAAGUUGAAGACAUGGGUUUUAUGUUUGGGAAGAGUUCUGCUGUACCCAGUUUGAAGUUCCACUUAUUGCGGCUUGAAAUGCAGCCGUUGUAUCAAGACGUGAAAAUCUGUGAUUUGGCGUUGUAAACAGAGCGAGGACAAUUGCUAAAUUAUUCAUAUGGGUAUAACCUGUCAUUUAUCUGACAAAGAUUGUAAAAUAAAAUAUUGUAAUUAUUCAAUUCACUUCAAUGAUUUAUUGUAUUGGUAGCCGUUGACGUCCUAAAUCGUAAGGUCCCUAAUAUGGUAUUUAUGGAACAGGUAUAGCGUAACUUUCGACCUUGGCUCAGAGCCUUGACUAGUAAUCUCCCUUAUGCAGAAUUUAGCUGGGAUAUUCAGCAGAAUUCAGCUUUUUUUCCAGCAGUAUUUCAUAUUUGCUAGUUUAUCAUUGAACAUUGACCUCAAGGCAAGAUCCCGAACUCGUUCCAAUUUCCUUUUCUUUUGUUGCUUGCACAACAAGUUAAAGUGUAACAAUUUGUUGUUUCGUUUAGUUUCUAUAGUAUAGCCACUUACGUAUACGCUUUAAAAUAUAUUUUGUUUACGUUUGCUAUUUUUUAACAGUUGCGUGACAUAAAACUAAGAUUAUAUUCGGGUUGUUGCGUAAUUUUGGAAACGGGUAACUCGGUUUUUCUCAACAAGUACAACAUGUUUUCUUUAGGUUUGUGCGUUUUUACACUUUGGAGGAAGCUAAAGACGCUGUCAAAGAGAAAAAUACAAAAGUUAUUGGAAGCAGACACAUAAAUGUGGAACUGUCCUCGUCCACCAGACGUAAUCUGCAAACAAACACAGACGAGGAAGGUAUUGGUAUAUAUAGAUAG